AUGGAAAGAGAAGAUGUGCAAAGAGUGGUUGGGAAGAAUGCUCCAAAAAACCUUCAGCUUACCUCUCCAAUGAUUCAAAGAGAUCUUGUUCAUGCCAUGGCUUGUGAAACUACUAAGAGAAUUAUUGCAGAUAUUGGCAAUGAUUUUUUCUGUAUAUUGGUUGAUGAGACACGUGAUAUAUCAAUGAAAGAACAGAUGGCUAUUGUUCUAAGGUAUGUGAAUUCUGAUGGUGUUGUUAUGGAAAGAUUUUUGUGUACUUCUCAUGUGCCAAAUACUAAAGCUUUAACAUUGAAGAAGGAAAUUGAAGCAAUGCUUUUGAAACAUGGAUUGAGUAUGUCUAUGAUUAGGGGACAAGGCUAUGAUGGAGCUAGCAACAUGAAAGGAGAGAUUAAUGGUUUGAAGACUUUGAUUUUGGGUGAGAAUUCUUUUGCAUAUUAUGUUCACUGCUUUGCUCAUCAACUUUAG